AUGUCAUGUUUGCUUUUAUUUUUAGGUUAUGAUUAUGUUACGAAAUUACCAAAUAAAAGAUUAGAUAGGUAGUCGUGGAAGUUUCCUAGCUGAGUGCAAACGUAUGGACCAGCAAUAAAUAUGCCGCUUUUAUAGUGUCAAUAAAUAAUAUGGAAGAUAGUUUAUAAGUAUAUUUUAUAAGUGAUACUUCAAACUUUAACAAAUAGAGCAAUGGAUUUUGUGGUGGGUGGGUUGGCCGGUGUCGGAGCGGGAUUCUUUAGCAAUCCGUUCGAUGUUGUCAAAACUCGGAUGCAAUUGCAAGGCGAGCUCCGAGCUAAGGGCCAGCAUUCAGUGCACUAUAAAAACAUACCGCAUGCAAUGUUUACUAUUGUUAAACAUGAUGGACUUUCUGCUCUGCAAAAAGGCUUAGUGCCUGCUCUAUGGUUCCAGUUAGUUGUAAAUGGUGUAAGGUUAGGCAUUUAUCAGCAAGCUGACAACUAUGGCCUAUUACGAGAUGAAAAUAAAAACACGAAGUUUCUCAAUAGCGUAUUGUUCGGGGCAAUAGCUGGUAUGACUGGUGGGCUAUGCGGUAGCCCGCUUCAGUUGGUGAAGACUCAGCUUAUGUCCUACUCUUCACGGGAGAUUGCUGUCGGUACCCAGCACGCACACAGAGGCACAAUCUACGCCCUCUCCAAGAUCUAUAAGAAGAAUGGUUUCUCUGGAUUAUGGAGGGGUGCCCAUGGCAUGAUGCUACGAAACUCUACAGGAUCCGCUUCACAAAUUGUCGCUUUCGCUAUGUGCAAGGAGUGGAUGGACGACAACAACAUAUGCCAGCAGUCAAGGUACAUGUCGGCGUUCGUGGCCAGCAACGUGGGCGCCGUGGUCAAGACGAUCACGCUCACGCCCAUGGACGUGAUCAUGACACGACUCUACAACCAAGACGUCGACGCGAAAGGCAACGGAAUAUUAUACAACGGCAUUAUCGACUGCUUUAAAAAAAUCACUAAAACAGAGGGAUUAUUCGCCCUGUAUAAGGGCAUAGGGCCGUCUUAUUUGAGACAGGCGCCCCAUACGGUACUAUUGUUGGUAUUCUGGGAUAUGCUCAAAGACGCACAACGCUCUUUAGAGACGAAAAUGGAUGGCGUCGGCCGUGACGUCACGGAUAUGGCGAUGGGCGGCGUGUCGGCCAUGUUUGCGACGAUAUUCACCAACCCCAUAGAAGUCGUGAAAACCCGCCUACAGCUACAGGGGGAAUUGGUAUCUAGGGGGAAACAUGAGGUGUUCUACAAGAAUGUACCCCACGGUCUUUUCGUGAUUGCAAGGACGGAGGGCAUUGCUGCUUUGCAGAACGGCUUGCCGGCUAUGUUAGGGUUUCAGUUCUGUUUGAAUACGUUUAGGCUAGGAGUAUACCGUAUCGCUGAACGUCGCGGGUUCAUCACAGAUAAGGACGGGCGCACACUAGUCGUCCGCGGCGCUGCGGCGGCGGGGCUCGGCGGCGCGCUCGGCAGCAUAGCCGGGACGCCGUUCUUCCUCGUCAAAACGCGGCUGCAAGCGCAAGCAGCGCAGGCGAUAGCGGUGGGACACCAGCAUACACAUACCGGCACUGUUGGCGCUUUGAGCGAUAUUUAUAGGAGAGAAGGAUUUAAAGGUUUGUUCCGCGGCGUGGGGCCACAAAUACCCCGCGGUAGCGUCGGCAGCGCGUCGCAGAUGGUCAGCUUCUCCUACGCUAAGCAAUGGCUGAGGGAGCGCGGUUUGUGUGAAAAUCCGCUACUGCUGUCGUUCGCUGGAGCCAACCUCGGCGGUGUCGUCAUGACAGUGUGCCUCAACCCUUUUGACGUCGUCGCUACGAGACUUUCCAAUCAACCGGUGGACUCCAACAACCGAGGUAAGCUAUACAGCGGCAUGUUGGACUGUUUUGUCAAGAUGUCACGGACGGAAGGCCUCCGGGCUUUCUACAAGGGAGUUGGGGCCAACUACCUGAGGUUGGGGCCGCAUACCGUACUGUUACUCGUCUGCUGGGACCAGUUGAAGAUAUUAGAGGACUUCUUGAGGAGAUAAGUGACAAGGGAACAAAAAUAUAGGCUGUGUUACAAUUGCCAAAAGGCAUAAUGUUCCAAAUAGGGUGUUAUAGUUCUUGCAA